AUGAAUGCAAACUUGGAUGCAGCACAUAGCUGCAUCCAAAACUCAAAACUCAACAGAACAAACUGCACAGAGCUGACAGGCGCCAGCCUGGCAUGGGACUCAUCCAGCACCAGCGCCUACCCCACGCCCAAGGGCACCCCAAAACUGAAGAAAGACAAGGGCAGGAGGAGAGACCGGAAGAGGAAGGAAGAGGAGGAGGAGGAGGAGGAGGAGGGGCUGGGGAAGCAGGGAGUGCUGGCUGAGCAGAAAGGACAGCUCCUGUUGGACAGUGACGAGCAGCACAGCCCAGAGGAUGAGAGCAAGGUGAUCCAGAGCAUUAGCCUGCGACUGCAGAGGACUCUGCACUGCAUCGAGCUCUCCAUCAAGGAGGGGAAGCUGGUUGGGAUCUGUGGCAGUGUGGGGAGUGGAAAGACCUCUCUGAUUUCAGCUAUAUUGGGGCAGAUGACCCUGCUGGAUGGCAGCAUCGCUGUGAAUGGGAACUUUGCCUAUGUGGCUCAGCAGGCCUGGAUCUUCAACUCUUCCCUGAGAGAUAACAUCCUGUUCGGGAAGGAGUACGAGGAGGACAGGUACAAUACAGUGCUGAGUGCUUGCUGCCUGAGAACUGACCUGGCUAUCCUCCCCAAUGGUGACCUGACGGAGGUCGGGGAGCGUGGAGCUAACCUGAGCGGAGGGCAGAGACAGCGAAUCAGCCUGGCCAGGGCUCUGUACAGCGACCGCGCCAUCUACAUCCUGGACGACCCCCUGAGCGCACUCGACGCACACGUGGGCAACCACAUCUUCAACAACGCCAUCAAGAAGCAGCUAAAGCAGAAAACCAUCCUGUUUGUCACUCACCAGCUCCAGUACCUGGUGGAUUGUGACGAGGUGGUCUUCAUGAAGGAUGGCAGCAUCACAGAGAAGGGAACCCAUGAGGAUCUGAUGGGUCUGAAUGGGGAUUAUGCUGCCAUGUUUAACAGCCUGCAGCUGGGAGAGGCCCCUCACAUUGAGAGUAACAACAAGAACACCACCAGCUCCCUGAAGAAGCCCCCAGAGAAAGGACCCAAGGCUGGGUCUGUGAAGGAGAAGACGGUCAACAAAGAUGAUGGUCAGCUGAUGCUGGUGGAGGAGAAAGGCACAGGCUCCGUGCCCUGGUCUGUGUACAAAGCCUACAUCCAGGCAUCUGGGGGCCCCGUGGCCUUCCUGCUCAUCCUGGCUCUCUUUGUGCUUAACGUGGGCAGCACCGCCUUUAGCAACUGGUGGCUGAGCUACUGGAUCAAGCAGGGCAGCGGGAACACAUCUGUGGUGCUGGGCAAUGACACGGUGCUGAGUGACAGCAUGAAGGAUAACCCCCACAUGCAGUACUACGCCGGUAUCUACACCCUUUCCAUGGUCCUCAUGCUGCUGCUGAAGUUUGUGCGUGGGAUUGCGUUCGUCAAGGGAACACUCAGGGCCUCCACCAGACUCCACGACGAGCUGUUUCGUAAGAUUCUGCGCAGUCCCAUGAAGUUCUUUGACACGACCCCUGCGGGGCGCAUUCUCAACCGCUUCUCAAAAGACAUGGAUGAAGGGUUUUCAUCAGAGAGCUGAAGCGUCUGGAUAACACCACCCAGUCUCCCUUCCUGUCACACAUCACCUCCAGCAUCCAGGGGCUCAC